AUGUUGCCCAACAACCCAGUCCCCGACGAAGCGACGGCAGUGCGGCAAGAAAACUCGUAUCUUGCAGCACAGGCUGAGAUCGCCGACGAGAACAUUCCGUUCGGCGAGGGAGCCUUUCAGAAACGAGUACUGAUGAUCAGCGCCUUCGCCGGUGCCAUCAGCUAUGCCCAGAACCUGCUGUUCCGGAUGUCGUGGCACGAGAUGGACCAUUGGUGCCGCCGGACGAACGCUUUCUCCAACAUGAGCGUGGCCGCGUGGAAGGAGCUGGCAAUUCCGCGCCACCCCAACGGAAGUUACAGCCGCUGCACGGUGCGCGUACCACCGGACGGCGGCGCUUGGGCCCGCGUCGAGCCUUGCGUUCAGUGGGAGUUCGACCUGGAUGAGCACGGCAACACCGCCGUCAGCGAGUGGAGCGUCGUGUGCCAGCGGCGUCGUCUGGCCGAUGCCGCCCAGGCUGCGGAACUCGUCGCCAUGACCAUCACCCUUCUGGCCCUGGGCCCUAUAGCCGACCGCAUUGGGCGCAAGACGGUGGGAGUCCUGGCGCUCGCAGCUAUGCUGCUCACGCUCGCGGCGACCGGCGUCGCGACCGACCUGCAGACAUUUAUCGUUGUGCGUUCGGCCGCAGCGGCAUCUUCGGCCGGCCUGUUCGUCAUCAGAGUGCUGCUGUACGAGAUAACUACCACGACCCGCCGACUGCUUUACACCACCAUCGGCUCGGCUCUUUCGUUUGUCAUCGCGCGGACGUCUGUAUCUUUCGCGCACGUAUUGAAGGCGAGCUGGUCGGUUUGGCACAUGCUGCUCGCGUUGUUUGCCUUGGUUCUCCUCGUCCGUUUCCGCAUCCUCGUCGAAUCACCAUCUUGGCUCAUCACUACUCACCGCGAAGAGGAAGCCAGGCGCAUCGCACUGAACAUAGCCAACAUCAACGAGGUCCCUUUAAGCCACUGCCUUGAAUUCUUCAAGAGACACAUGCACAGAGCACAACACGUACCCGACGGAACCACAGGCACAAGCCAAAGUAGCUACGUGAAGAGACCGAACCUCAGAAGGACGUACGUUCUCACCGCUUGCAUCUGGACCGUCCUGGGCUUGAUUUCUGUCCACUACAACACUAUCCGCUCCACUGAGCGUAGCGUGUACUUCCGCACUUUGAUCGAUGCCGGAAUCGCGCCCUUGCUUGUCGCUGUGUGGCCCCGUCUAAAGAACAGCGGGCGUGUCCGGAAAGUGGCAGCAUACUCCGCGCUCGUGUUCAGCAGCGCGUCGGCACUGCUGUUCUUUGCGUACACCGACUACGAUACAGCCUUGUCCACCUCGCUCUUGGUCGUUACGCGCCUUGCAUCCAUACUUCUCGACCUUCUCGAAUUCUACCUCACUCUCGCCGCAUUUCCCACCGAGUCACGCUGCACCGGUUCCUGCGUAGGGCUAGCUUCCGUCUUGAUAGGCAAUGCCAUUGGACUAGCAACGUUCCGUGUCGUCCUCAAGAGACGCGAAGACAGCUGGCUCGUCGUCCAAACGGCGCUAAUGGCGAUAGCUGCUAUGGCCACCAUGUACAUGCCUUCGGACGAUGCCUGCCUGUCAAGAGGUAUGGACUCCUUGGCCGCCGCCUCACUGCCCUCCAAGCCGAGUCCGUUGAGCGCCGGACAGCCUGCAUGUUCUGCCCCGCUAUCGGUGGCUACCGAGGUUCAGGCCAAAGUAUCGCCACCGGACGCGCGAGGGGCCCCCAAGAAGAAGGGAAAAGCGAAUAAGAUGCCGGAGCAGUUCGCUGUGCGCCCUUCCAGGUUUGCAGCGAACUGGUAA